GAUCAUUAAUUUUUAACAGUCCAGCCCCGCUUAACACUUUAGAGCUUCUCUAAGCAAACAUAAAAUUACAUAUAUUUUUUGAGAGAAUCACAGACAUGGAGAAGAAACCGCCAAAGAUACAUAAUGAGGACCGCCAGAAUUUUGUGGCCACUCGCAUGAGUCUGCCGCUCUUUAUGGUGUCACGAAACCGCAUUAAAAAGGAAAACCUGCCUCGAGUUCAGAAGCAAUUCAAGUUGGCCGGAAAGCACUACAAUGAAGAUUGCCAGAAGGAGAAUAGCAGGGAGGCCUACAGCAAGGCUACCUAUGACCACUAUCGCCACAUUACGGGCUUUGAUACGACAGUGAGGAAUCCGUAUCCGGAACGAAGGCCCCUCAAGCUAGAUCGCAGCAUGACCAAGUGGAGGAACUGGGCACUGCCGCCCAAUCAUUAUGGAGUGCCGCCCAUCCCCUACCAGCGCCUGAUGGGCACCAAGGGCUCCGUCUUCGCCAAGCCGCAUACCAACCAUAGCCGAGUUGUCAUCAAACCGCCACCGUACCGCUUCUACGAACUGCCCUCGGAGAUCGAGCGUUUCUACAAGCGGGAGAAUGCCCAAAAAGGCAUCUUUCUUUCAAAUGCUAGAGAUCGACGCCCCACAACCCAUUGCAUGAUCUCAAGCCUCGCGGGCUGCUAUCGAAAUCCCAAGGAGCCUGGCCCCUGCGACACCUACACGAAGUACUACGAGAUAAACGCCAAUACCGCGCCCAUCACCAAAACAGCCCGCCCGAAUCCGCAUUUGUUCUUGCGCCUUUCCUGUGUGCCCACCAAGCCGCACAGACAGAUACCGCGCCACAUAAGCAUGCUGCCCGCGCCAGGUCGUUACUGCACCAGUUACCCCAACGUGUGUCCUUGUCCCGCGGGCAAGAUCAAUGUGCCACAGCUUCAACUGCUCAUUGAUGAUCAGAAGCGUCUCAAAUUCCGACGCCAGCCCUUCGAGCGGAUCAGUCGGAAAAAGUAUUGUGAGCCUGAUUGGCGGCAUGUGGAGGGCCAGGGCUUCCGGCAUGUGUUCAUGAUGGGGAAGAAGGAUAAGCCAAAGCCGAAGAAGGCGACCACUUCAAAGAAGCCGGGAAAACUAAUCAACAUGUUUGCCGAUUCAAAGUACAUAAAUAUGCUCAGUCAGCCGCAGCGACAGGACAUCUCUACUCGGCCCUUCCCAGUGCCACCCUAUGUGCCCAAGAUCACCUACAACUGUGCCUCCAAGCGUGUGAUGCGUAAGCAGCUAAAGAACAACAAGAAAAUUGCCUUCAACAGCGGCCAGGAGCGAUGGAAGGAUGGCGAACGGCCGCUCCAGCUGACCAAUCGCCAACUGGAGGCCAUCAAGGCCAAGUUGCCCCCGGAAAGACGACUGGAGGAUCAUCCCAUAAACAUCCCAGAAAUCAUUGGCAGUCGGCUGCACCAGGUUCCGAAUCACCAGCGGGUCACCUUUAUGCCCAAGCUGCGAAAGCGCCUCUUCAAGUUCCUGCCCAUACCCGGAGCCCGGGUCCUGGUCACUGACAGUGAUAUCCGGCCUGAUGUCAACUUCGAUCCGGAGCAUCCGACCGGUAUGUACCGACGCAAGAUCGACGAGAAGGCCUUCUUCAAGGAUUCGGUAUUGCGCGCCAUGGAAUCCAAGGAUGAGGAGCAACCGGCGGAGGUCUUAACCUCUCCAUCGCAGGUACAGGUGCAUUCCGGCCGGUCGUCCGGGGUUCACAGUCACCGGGGCACGGUCACUGUGGCAGAACCGACGGAGCAGAAGAAGUCCGCUUCUAAGAUUUCAAUCCAAGGCUGAAACUGGCCCGGCGUUCUGGACCACGUUUGCGCCACCAGUUUGAAAAUCAGUUCGUUUUUUGAUUUAUGCCCCAUGCUCCAGUGAAUUCACGUGGCCCUUGGACCAAGAAAAUCGUAGAGAUGGCUUGAAAUAGCCUGAAAGUAUUGAAAUAAAAUAAAAAAAAAUUGGUCAUGUGAAA